UAUCUCUUACCACCAGGACACCAGAAUAUCUGAAAAAUCAUGUCGGACUUCUUCAAGUCACCGUUUGGAUCCAAAUCCUCGUCGUCUUCGUUGCCUCCCAGUGAUUUGCCAGACAACGAGAAGAAGGAACAAAUAAUGAAUGCCGUACGCACGGAAAUUGCGCAGGCAAAUGCUCAACUGCUCAUGAAUAACAUGAACGAGCGUUGUUUCAAGGCAUGUGUUCCUAGGCCUGGGGCUUCCCUCAGCAGUUCUGAAGAAACAUGCCUGACAAGAUGCAUGGAGCGUUUCAUGGACACUUUCAACAUUGUUAGCCGAUCUUAUACCGCUAGGCUCAGUAGGGAGAGGCUGGAUUCGAUCACAUCGGACUUUGAGAAAACUCCGUAGGAAUGUUCUUCAUUGUUCGAACAGUGUGGAAAGUACUCGUAGAGACUUUAUUAAUAGCAUCAACAACAGUUGCACAACUUGCAAGAACGAAACGAGUAUAAGGUACAUAUCUGCACGUAAUAACAAAGCAGGUGAAUCAAGUAUGCGAUAUAUGUGGGCUACAAAGUGAAAUAUGAAUCAGUAAC